GUCACCUGACUUUUUUCCUUUUUUUUAACGCAGGCGCAUCUGCUUCUAGAAAAGCAACUGAACGGGCGACAGAUAAACAGGAGAAAGAGACCAACAUGGCUGAGGCUCCAAGCGGCGCGGCUCUCGUGUGGCUGCUGGUCUUCUCCUCCCUCGUCCCCGCGGCGGAGGCGUACGACGCGGGCGACGCUCUGGCCCUGCUGCUGUUCUCCGUCCUGGCCGUGACGGGGUUCUGCGUCGGCCUCGGCUGGUACGCGCGGAGGCGGAAUGGGCCGCUCUGAAGAACGGAGGACCUCCGAGAUAACGUCGCCUCCCUGUGCCGCGUUAAACCUCCCGGUGCACGCGCCCUGCGGUCUACGGAUCUGUUGGCGCAGGUUCUGCUCUGAAACGUGCCUUAUUGGAGCUGAUUUUCCAAACCAAAAACUCGGGGCGGAGGGGGAGGACCACGUGAAACACAGAAAGGAAACAUCCAGGAAGUGUGCGAGCACAACACUGUGAUUAAGGACCAAACACUGUUGCCUUCCAUGCACAAAGACUUUCUCGAAUAUCUGCUUAAAAUGCCCUGUUCCUCUUUAAACAGAUUUCUUGGCUUUAAACGAUCACUGUGGUUACUUGAUCGAUACGAUCAAGCAUUGAUUGAUUCUGAUGUGUGACGAUCACAUGACUUCGCUUUGGAAAGUUUGAGCUAAUAGUUCUGCUUACAGCUUUUGUAAAGAAUAAACGCAUUGAAUCAAACUUC